GCCUGCGCAGACGCGCAGUCGUUUCGUCGUCGUCCGCGUAUGUACGUGUAUGUACGUUGUGCUUGAUUCGUCUUGCUUCAGCUGUUGUCUACCUGGCCUCGUGUACGUUUCGGUCGUCGUGUCGGCACGACUAUUUUUCGUGCAGAGGCGCGGAAAGAUAGGCAAGUAAUCCCGGUUCUUCGAAAAGAGCCGAGAACCGAGAUCCCGAAAGCCGCGCCGCUGACGAGGAAGUCACCCGACGGCGAUGACGGGGUUCACGGAGAGCGCCCUGGUCAAGCGACUGAUGGACUUGAACCCGUCGCAGCAGAGCAUCCAAACACUCUCGCUCUGGCUGAUACAUCACAGAAAACACCACCCGACCAUCGUGAAGAUCUGGUUCAAGGAGAUGUGUAAAGUGAAGGACAAUCGCAAGUUGAUGUUUAUGUAUCUGGCAAAUGAUGUCAUCCAAAAUAGCAAGAAGAAGGGACCAGAGUUUGGGAAGGAGUUUGAAACAGUGUUGCCGAAAGCCUUCGAGCAUAUGAAGGGUUUCGACGAAAAGACGCGAGAACGAUUAAACAGGCUAUUGCAGAUCUGGGAGGAGAGAGGUGUUUAUGACAAAGCACAGAUAGCCGAGUUUAAAGCAGCUUUCGCAGAAUCCGAAAAGGACUCUGCGCCACCGUCGAAAAAGAAAAUAAAAAUUGAGAUCGAGAAAGUCAAGAAGGAGAAGAAAGAAAGGAAAAAGUCCGAGACCGAAGUGGAGGUGGACGGUACCAAAGAGCUUCACGUGACGUUGAGCCCGCGCACUCCAGCUGGCGAUCCACCGGAAACCGAGGAGCUCAUCAAGGCUUUAAUGGAUCUGGAAAACACGGCGUCCUCGGAUGCCGGUGUCAGAGAGCGCAUCGCGUCCCUGCCGCCGGAAGUCUCGGAGGUCUCGUUACUCGCGAAUCUUGCCGAUCGAACAGCUGCGGAUCAGCUCAGCGCCGCAGUGAACGAGGCAGCCACGCUCUUGGCCGAUUAUAACGGACGAUUGCAAGCAGAGAUGGAGGACAGGAGAAGACUACUGACGAUGCUGCGAGACUAUACUUUGGCGCAGAGGCAACUACUUCAGCAGGCACAAAGCACUUUAGAAGACUAUAAGGAAAAGCUCAAGAAAGUGUGCGCCGUCCGGUCGGAGGUAAAGUCUCACAUCUCGAAUCUUCCUGAUUUGACGCAACUGCCCGACGUGACUGGCGGUUUGGCGCCUCUUCCUUCGGCCGGCGAUCUGUUUUCCAUGAACUAGUGUAAGCUCGCGUGCGCACUUGUGCGAGUAUCGUUUACAUAGUUUAUCGCUUUAGUCGAACGAAUAAAAAGGGAGAUGAAUUUCCCAAUUUGCAAGAUCCAUAGUACAUGAUCAUGAUCACAUGGUACGGAUUCGAACGAUAAUAAACGAUAAUGUGAGAUUCUAUUCGAUUAGAAUUUCAUGCUGUGGAAUUUUUAAAAAAACUCGAUACGUUUACGAGAAUACCAGCGUUGUAAGGUACAAAACAGGGAAGUACUAACGGGCAGAACAAGACUGGAACGUUACCACGGCUAGUGAUAUUGUAGUUCCCGGUUUUGUACUUUAACACGUUCCUUGCCAAGCCGCUUUUGAGUAGUUCUCAUUUUCAGGUCAUGUGUACCAAUGUACCAAAAACACGUUAUAGACGUUUGAUAAAUAUGUAAAAAAUUAUCAUUGUUUUCGCUGGUGAGCUGGGAAUUUACUUUUUAGUAGAGUAAAUAGUGAAACUUGAUGCAACUUGAGAAACAACGUCACAGAGCAUGUAAGAGUAAUACCAACAAUUAUUUUCUUGCGCUUUAUCUACCAAUGAUAAAAUAUCAUUGGCCUGAAAAUGAAUGUAUACCGAAAAUGGUACACGCGGCAGGGAACGUGCUAAAUAACGAGCAUAACGAGCCUAGCUCUCCUUCCUUUUAGCUCUCGCAAAGUACCGCGUCCGCGUAAAACUGAGGUAAACAAAUAAAUUGCUACAAGAAAUCUUAUAUAUAUUUAAACGGUGCGCGAAGUGACGAUACUUCUGCACUGCGAUGCUUGAUAACUUCGAAAUAUCCUCGUACGAUUCAUUUUAUAACUGCAGACGGAUGUGCCUCUGAAUAAUUGUGUCAUAUACAUAAUUAUUACGUAAUAUAUUAUACAAAGAGUGCUCAUUAUCCAGUCUACUACGUAAAAGAACCGUGAAGAAUCGCGAAGAAUAAGUAAAAGACGUGCGACCAUAGAGAAAUACUUCGGAAUGAUAAAUCGAAAUAAUUUGCGUAACAAUUGUUAAGUCUCGCGUGGAAUUCGUACAAUGGGGGCGGGUUGACUGACGGAUUAUUCAACUUGACGAUAAGGGCAUCUACGUACAUACCUCUUAAAAGUAACGGAGUGAAACUUCGCACACUGGACCUCCGUACCGCUAUCAGAGGUGUCUUACCACGUGUUUCUUGAUCUACGCAAUUGUGUACUAACGAUACUGCGUGAGGUUGGACAACUAUCACUUGUACAUAUUAUAUACUGUAGUGUUAGGUACCAUUUCAGAACUGACAAGACGCUCUUCGUGAACACUUGACUACGAACAAACAGUGGUUCACACAUAAAGAAGUAUAAUAUUGUAUAUGUAACUAUUUUAAAAAGACAAAUCGCGUGACUGUGUAUACUUGAAAAAAAAACCGAGAAAAAGAUUGUAAUAUGCGAAACAUUAAGUACGAAUAAAUGUUUUGAUCGUUAU